AAAACUUUAGGGCGGGAUGGCGCUUCGGGGAGCUCACUCGCUGGCUCUGGCGCUUGAUCGUCCGAAUGCCGGUAGGAGGUGUGUAGCUGCGAGGUGGAAUUGGGGCGAGGCGAUGGAGCGCGCCAAGAGGAGUGUGCUAUUGCCUGCCGCAUUGAGUUUGUCCGUCGCCCUCUCUUCUGGCCCGACGCUGCUGCAAGCGAGGCCGGAAGGCGUGAACAAGCCGGAAUUGCUACCGCGAAGCUACACUCCAGUGAUUGACGUCGCUGGAUUUCUUUCAGAAGGUCAGGAGGGGCGCAUUGCCCAGGAAAUCAAAGAGAUAGAAGAGCUCACUGGAUUCAAGCUCCGAGUUCUUGCUCAAAACUAUCCCAACACUCCAGGGUUGGCGAUCCGAGAAUUCUGGAAAGUCGAUGACAAUACCAUUGUUUUCGUUGCUGAUCCUAGCCUUGGGAACAUACUAAACUUCAACGUCGGUGCGUCCGUAGACCUUAAUGUUCCUCGCAGCUUUUGGUCGAGGCUGGCGGGCCAAUAUGGAAAUGUAUUUUACUGGCGUGAAAAGGGAGAAGAUGCUUCGAUAGAGGCCGCUGUUGCAGCUAUCAGCUCGUGCUUGAGAGAACCGCCAGGGCCUAGAGCUUGCAGCACCAUAAACUAGCAAAGUCUUCGUGUCAUAUACUACUACCCAGCGUGAAUGGUAGACUGGAAUUUGACAAAGACGUGCGCUUGUCGUAGAGAAACGUGUUUCACAGAAUCCGCCGUAAGAAGUUUAUUCGCCUUUCUUUUC